UAAAGUGUUUCAAAGUGGCGUUAUUACUCAACAGCUUUAUCCAUGGCGUGUGACACUGCCCCACAGACGAGCGCGCGCCACUGCUCACGGAAAAAAGGUGAAAAGUAGCUGCGUUUAGUCUUCUGACUCAAUAUUUUUAUCUACUCAUCGUGUCUGACAAACAAUAGUACAGAUAAGGCGGCAGUGAUUAACUUUCUUACAGUAAGAGAUCUGCUCACCGGGGUUGCCAGCGACCAAAGUCCUGCAUGCAGAUGGAGACUUAUUUUCCCGGCGGGAAUUAAAAAAGCUGCAGUUCGUAUAAUUAUGUGUGUCACCCAGGUUCCCCUCUGCAAUACGCCGUCGAGUUUUCUUCUAGAGUUGGAUUUAUCCUCUUGACUCAUCUUUCCUCCAUGCUGAAGAACAAGAGAGCUCUGUUGUGAAGUAGAAAAAGAAAUAUUCCUCGGUUUGCAUAUCAAGUCCAGCGCCUAAGCGAAUUGACACCACUGUGUCGAAUUGUGCAUGGGUGCCGUUCCAGGACACAAAGCUCUAUUGGUGCCCUUUCACACCGCUUGUACCUGAGUAUCUCUCGAAAGUGUGAGCAGCUGAAUAUGCGAAGGUGUGGAUUUAUCGAGGGCCUUUGAAGACUCCUCGUGGCCACCCUGCAGGGUUGCGCGUCUCGAGUUUUCUCCCGUAGAGAUGUGUCACAUGCUUUCAUCCAACUGGUUAAGCAAUUACAUGUAUAUUUAGAUGAUUUGAUACGAUUAAUUUUGCGUUUCCGAAUGCUUAUGUGCAUCACAGGGUGUUCCGAUCCGUGAUAUCAGAGUGAUACAGUAUCGCCACAAAUUUUGCCAAGGAUGAAGUUCGGCCUCCUUGUGAUAGGUCCUGCCGGGAGCGGCAAGAGCACGUUUUGCCACUAUAUCCAUCAGCACAUGGAGGUGUUGCGGCGACAUUGCCGCUUAGUGAAUCUGGAUCCGGCAGCAGAGUAUUUUGCGUACCAACCCGACAUCGACAUUCGUGACCUCGUAACGGUUCAAGAUGUUGAAGAAGAGCUACAUCUUGGGCCAAAUGGAGCCCUUGUCUACGCGAUGGAAUUUCUUCAAGAACAGAUAGAUUGGUUAGAAUCUCAGUUUGCGGAUUUUGGAGAAGACGAGCUCUUCAUCAUUGACUGUCCUGGACAAAUUGAACUCUAUACACAUCUCUCGUUAAUGGCGGAAAUUUGCAGUAGCAUUCAGUCAUGGGGCAUCAGACUGUGUGCAUGUUGUUGUUUGGACGUUUCAUUCAUGACUGACGCUUCAAAGCUCUUAGGCGGUUCUCUUAUGGCUCUAAGCGCCAUGGUACAACUCGAGCUGCCCCAUAUCAAUCUUCUUACAAAGUGUGAUCUGGUGGAUAAGAACCUAUCCCUCGCAGCUGCACAAAGGCGUGCUACUGGUCGGCGGGUCAGAUCGCGCAGGGACAUGAGACGAACGCAAGGGACGCAAGACAGUUUCGAAGAUCACUCCGACAGUGAGGAAGAAGACGAUGAAGAGGAUGAGGACAUUAGUCCAUGCUCCGCGUCUCGUACAUUUGGACUCUCUGCGCUGGCGGCUUGGCCUGAUUACGCCGAUGAACCGACAGACGCGAAAGAGGCGGCUAUAGACGCCCUACUGUCUCGGGACCCCCACCAAAUCGUCCAGCAGCUGGAUGAGUGCAUGCCGGCAAAGUACAAGGCGCUCAAUGCCGCGUUCGCCACUCUCAUCGAGGACUACAGCCUCGUCUCCUACCUACCAUGCAAUGUUUUGGACGAGGAGUCUUUAGCCGUUGUGGCAUCUGCCGUAGAUCACGCUGUUCAAUAUGGGGAAGAUAUGGAAGUCCGGGAAAGUGACUUGAUUGGCAAUGCACAAGGCGACUAGGUUCCGCUCCUGUCGUGACUUCGGCACUUUGCGUUCUCAGCAGAAAAUAUUGCUGUGAGUGUCUGUGCCAGAGGCUUGAAUGUUGCUGCAUAACCGUCCUGGUGUCGAAUGUCCAUGCAGACCUGUUGUUGGCUUUUCCCGUGAACUUCAUGCUGGGUGAUAAGGCUUCAGAAAAUUGCAACUCCUUGAUACUAAGCACCAUUUUUCACAUGGAGGUUGGUCUCCUUAUCUGUGUACUGUGAAUAGUCUUUCGACUGGUAAACAGGUAUCAAAAACCAUGUGAGCGUAUUUUCAGGAGUUUUUUGUUCAGGUUGAGAGGCUUUCCUGAAAUGUGUGUCGCCUUGUUGAACGGUAGUUACAUUUUGUUUCGUUGUCUUGUCCCCACAGUCAAAACAGUAAACACUGGUUCGCGCAAGGAGCUUUUCGCGCCUUAUGGCAUCGUAAAUGAACCCCCCAUGCACACAUGCUUGUCAGAUCGUGGGGGGUGUCCUCCUCGGGUAUUUGUUUUAGUGGUUGAGCUCUGGUUGAUUACCAUCUUGCUUCUACUUCAGCGUCCAAGGUGCACGGUAUCCUACAAGCAGAAAGUAGUGGAUGGCGAGAGGCGGGCUCUGACGGGACUUCAGGGGAUCUGUAAAAGUUGGGGGGUUCCAUAAUGCUCACAUCAAUGCGAGCCGCCCCCAGUGGUACAGCGAGUGAGCUUGAGGGUUCUCUUCGGUCAGGCUCAUAGAGCUCUUCGUGUGAGAGAAUCUUCAAGGGUGGUGAACCGAAGGUAGUGUGCAGUUGGAGAGCGCGACAAUUCAACUUGAUCUGGGAAUUUGGCGUAUUGACACGCCGUCACCGUUCAAUUGCAUUGAUAGACGAAAUUCAUCCUCGGUGCAUUUCCCGGCGCUGGCUGGCCGUCCUUCAACAAAGUUCGGGAAAUCAUGGCUCCCACAUUUUAUUUCUAGUGGACACAGUUUACAGAGGAAUUCCGAGCUGCGAAGCUGCUCUACUGUGACGUUUCCACACCUCUUCAGGCUCAUACCGGGCUCCUGGCGUAUCAGUGUCAACUAACGUGCGACAAUCAAGGUCUGUUUCUACGAGGAAUGUUAUAGACAGGGGACCGACAUCGGCUACCAUACAACCUGGGUGCCGCAUUACGAUGACGUCAGCAUCUGGUUAGCGCGCAUUUCGUCGUGUAAUUAUGAUCUGUUAUUACCGCCAACUAAUACUGUUGCCAGCGCAAAAAUAUCAAUCGUUUCCUUCCCUCCCCUACUCUGCUUUUCCCACUGAACUUCCGCAUGGGACACGAGAUCCCGUACGCCUGCGUCUAUCAGUCAUGUCGCCUCUGCUGUAUUUUGAAGCGGAUCCUUGCUUGCUGUGUGGGCUGACGCAUCAAUGCAAAACGCAACUGGCAAAAUACACAGCGCGACCGGGUACCGGACACAUCGCACACAAACCGUCGCGCGGUGCGACGUCGUUCAGUGCUUGUCGGUAUGUGCAGCGGACUUCGACAAGCUAAGGGUUCGGGUUCUUCGCAGAAGCGACCAUGCAUGGGAUUCGGCAGCUCUUGGAGCGAGAUAGUUUGCCGAGUAGUUGUUUCAUAAAUCUCUUGCGACAUCAACCGCUAUGGAUGAACUGUCCAACUCCUUGCUCCCACCCGUUCGGCGAAUUCCUCUUUCUCGUAGUUUUCAUCCUUCUUUUAGUUUAUCUACACUUGUGUUUCCCAUGCCACCGACUACCGGAACUGCAGCUGCAGCAGCGUUUCUGAACUACUCUUCGAGG